UGAAACAUGGAGGUGAAGAAAGAUGAGAACAGUUUCUUAGGAAACAUGAAAGAAGAGAUUAUUAAUCAGAAUAUAAAAGAAGAAGAAACAGAAGAAGAUCAGAUUCUAAAGAAGAGAAUCACAAGCCACCCUUUGUAUGGGCUUCUUCUUCACUCACAUCUCAACUGUUUAAAGGUGUGUUCCGGCGACCUUGACUCACCGGAGAUCAUGAACACGGCGGAUGAUCUUUCCCUAACCAAACUCUCUAUCCACUCUGAUAUUUCCCCCGAAGCUACAUCUUCAGAACUUGAUCAAUUCAUGGAAGCGUAUUGCUUGACUCUACGAGAGCUCAAGGAAGCAAUGGAGAAGCCUCUUAUGGAAACGCACCGUUUUGUGGAUGCGGUGUACAAUCAGCUAAACGACAUCGUCAUGUCAUCAUCAUCUCCUUAAAAAGGGGUGACAUGAACAACUGUUUGGAUGAACAACUAUUAUCUUCAAAGUUCCAAACCAUUCUGCCAGCUUACUUGUGUACGUACGUACUCAAGUCUCAUUGUGCUGCUGCGUUUUCGGAACGCGUUUGUAGAAUCGCUCGCUUGAUGGUGUAAUCUUAGUUUACGAACAAAUUAUUAUCAUGCAUGCUCUCUUCGUUUUGUAAUUUUAAUUUAAU